GUUUAUAUAGUAUGUACUUUUUGACAGUUCUCUGGCAAGUUUUACCAUUGCAGAACAGAACUAAUUUUGAAGAGAAGUACGGCUACAAAAUAUGGCAGAGUGUAUGUCAGGCCUGUCAGGCGAACAAGACGAUGAGAUUUUGGCUUUGUCAUCAAUAUUUGGAGAUGACUUUUGUCAAAGGAAAUACGCCGGUUGCAGCACAAUUUAUCAAAUUCGAGUGAAGAUCAACUUAGUGGGGAAAAAAAUCCACAUAAACGCUUGGUUGCCGUCGAACGAAAACGAGGAUAUUCCAAACGAUGAGCAAGAGAAUGAAACAGACAAACCAACAUCGCCUGUCAAAAGAAUUCACUUUAAGCGCUCUGAAUCAAAGCAGCACACAUGUCUGACAUUGUCAGUCUCCCACCUAACCCCACUGACACUGGAGUUUUCAUUUCCUCACAAUUACCCCACGGAGUCAAAACCAAAGUUCACUUUAUCGUGCAUGUGGCUUGAUGCUUACCAACUCACACUGCUUUGCGAGAAAUUAGAUGAACUUUGGGAAACAAGCUUCAAAGGUGAACCUGUGAUAUAUCCUUGGGUGGAUUGGCUGCAGAAUUCCUUACUUGAAUAUCUUGAGGCGGAUGAGAGCCUGUCCUUAAAACCAUACGAUUCAGACCUUGGUGUCCCUCGCGACCCUCGUGGGUUGCCAGAAUUCCUAGACCCAAAAUUGUGUGCUUUAAAAAUACUGGAAAAUGACUUUAGCAUGAUCCAACAAGAGUUUCGAAAAGAGACCCACACCUGUGAGAUUUGUUUUGAAGAACGUGAAGGGAUUUUUUUUCACUUUCUCGAAGACUGUGGCCAUAAUUUUUGUGUUGAAUGCUUGCUCGAUUAUUGCCAAAUGAAUGUUAAUGAAGGAACAGUAAAAAGGUUGAAGUGCCCCCAACCCAAAUGCCCUGCAACCAUCUCACCAAUGAUCCUUCGAGAGUUGCUGAGUGAUGAAGAUUUUCAACGAUGGGAACGACUGCUCUUCCAGCAAACGUUAGAUGGUAUGAUAGAUGUUUUGUAUUGUCCGCGGUGUAACACCGUGGUACUGCAAGAUGAGGAUGCAGCAUCACGGUUAGCCCAAUGUGGUGGGUGCUUUUUCACAUUUUGUACGGAUUGCCUAAUGACUUGGCAUGGCAUGGAAAGCUGUGGAGGGGAGGAAGUCGAACCAAAAUCGGCCCAGAAACCAGCCAAGCGAAGGAAACCGAAAAAGAAUGGCAAGAAUGGUGAGGAAACCCAUGAAGAUGAAACACCUCUGAGGAAUGACACGGGAAAGAAAAAAAGUGAUGCGAAGAAAACUUUUGAAUUUGUUAUGUUACAAAAACGACUUGGAAAUUAUCAACGUUGUCCACAUUGCAAGGUGAUGGUUGAGCGAUCAUAUGGUUGUGACAUGAUGCAUUGCUCUCGCUGUUCUCAAAGGUUUUGUUUCCGAUGCGGGUGGAAAAUUAAAGGAUAUGACCACUUUCAACACUGUAGUGCAGCAAUUGACGCAAAUGAUAUUGCUGAAAGAGGCAGGGCUAUGUUAGCAAACCGUCCGGUACCUUUUGAGGCCCAGCGACUUAACGAGCUAAUGAGACAACCUAACAACAGACACCAAUUAAAACUCCAAUUCUGUCCACGAUGCCGACAGAGGAACAUGAAAGAAGCCAGGAAUAAUCAUAUAAAAUGUUGGUCUUGCAAAGCAGAUUUCUGCUAUGUUUGUAGUAAAUAUACUGGGACACCUGUGUCUUCUCACUUCAGCUUGUCGGGAAGAUGUCAGCAACACUCUGAUGAUUGAUCUGUAGUGAGUACUUGUAAUUUUUUUCACACAAUCCAAAUAGUUAUAAAAUUAAUAUAUAUUACAAAUAAGUAUCACAAUAGUUCAUGCACAAUAUAGCAAAGCUAUGAUUGCUACA